AUGGCCCUGUCGGAGCUGAAGAGACAAGAUAUGAAGACUACCUACACUAUUCUCCUCAUGGGCCUCGCUGCCCAACAGGCAACUGCCACCUGGGACUUCUUCGGCAACUUUCCUACUCCCAAAUACAGUGAGAAUGAGUGCAGCGACAAGCAGAAGGGCGGAUUUGACUGGUCAGACCUUCUUGACGGCGCCUCCGUAGGCGUCUACGGAGACUUUGACUUCUCUGGCGGAUGGACGUGCGCCAACUCCUUCGGCAAGCGCGAUGCCUUGAGCAAGAGGACGUUUGGAAACAAGUGCAUCAAGAACUCGGUCGCAAAGGAAAAGCCCGCCUCGUUCGGCUGCAACAAGCGCGGCUUCUCGAUUACUCACAUGGACAUUUCAGCUGAGUUCGAUGUCGAGCUUGAGCUACACUAUACUAUGGAGGAUGGAUCUAAAUGCAAGCAGCUUGGCAGCUGCUCAGCCGGCGGUUCAACACUUCAGAACACGCAGUGCGGUGGCGCCAAGUCUGUGGACGUUUACCUUGGAUCUCACUACAAGGGCGACAAGGACUCGUGCGAGAUUGGCUUCCAUAACAUUGGCUUCGACUGCACGCCCGAGAUCCCUUAUACUACACCAGCACUUCCCCAGGUUCCUGCCACUUACACUCCUGUCAAGGCUUCCUCUUCCGUUGUCAAGUCUGUCGCCACUCCUCCCGCCAGCUCCAAGGUAGUUGCCACACCCACUGGUGGCUACCCUUCGUCUACGCCUGAGGCCAAGACGUCGGCUUACAAGACCACCGAGACGCCUUCCAAGUCGGUCCCUGUAUCUUCACCUGCUCCUUUCGGCAACAGCUCUGCGCCCGCAUACACUCCUCAGGUUCCUGCCUCUGUAGUGGUCAGCAGCAGCAGCAGCAUCGUCACUCCUAAGCCCGAGUCUUCCACUGUUGCCACAUACCCUGCUAAGAGCUCCACUCCUGCUUCCAAGCCCGUUGCUUUGAGCUCUGCUGCUGCCGGAUGCGGAUACGGAGAGUCUUGCGGCGAGUCCUCGGUUGCUUCAUCCAGCACAAUGACACCUGAGGCUGCCACCAGCUCUGCUGCUCCCAAGCCUUCCAGCCCUAGCUACCCUAGCUAUCCUACCACGCCCAGCCCCCCUGUGAACCUCACCGAUGUCGUUCCCAAGUGCAUGAACUCUUGGCUCCAGAUUUCUGCCUCUGGAUGCAAGGACAACACCGACUCCAACUGCUACUGUGUCAAGCCCGAGUUCACCAAGAACGUCAUCGACUGCAUUACUGCCCGCUGCGGAAACGACGAUGACACCAGCAAGGCCCUCCAGUACUUCAUUGGUAUCUGCGCCGACCACGUCCCCAAGAACCCCCAGAUCAUUGGAGACUGCCCUUCGUACAUUCCCUUGAACCCCACUCCUGCUGCUCCUCCUGCUCCUGCUGCCCCCAAGAGCAGCUCGGUUGCCCCUAGUGGAGCUGCUUCUCCUCCUGCGGCUCCCAAGAGCAGCUCGGUUGCGCCUUCCGCUGCUGCGCCUUCCCCUUCUGCUCCUGUUGCUGCCUCCAGCCCAUCCGGUCCUGGCUACCCCGUCGAGACUCCCUCUGUACCUGCUGCUGGUCAGACUCCUGCCAUGACUCCUCCCGCCGCUGCCGCACCUCCUCCUGCUGAGUCGACUCCUUGCACUACCAUCACCUAUGGCACCACCACUCUCACCGUUCCCCAGGUUCACUUUACCACCCCGAUGGCCUCUGGCAAUGCGCCCAACCCAACUGCACCCGUCGCUCUUGUUCCUGGUAACGCCCCUGCUGCCACCACCAGUGCUGCAUCUGGUUCUGGAUCCGGUGCCGGUACCGGUGCCGGUGCUCCUGCUCCUCCGUACCCUACCGCUACCACUAUGGGAACUGCGGGUGUUCUUCCCACCGGCACUGGAGCCCUCCGUCCUUCGUCGCCAGCUCAGUUCACUGGCGCGGCCUCGGCUUUCACCAUUGUGCCCAAGAGUGCUCUCUUUGGCGCCGUUCUUGCUUUUUUGGCUCUUUAG